GCGCACAUGUUUUGAACGUGCUAAGUUUAGAAGGCGGAGGAAGCGGAGGCGGAGGAAGCGGAGGCGGCUGGUCGCGAGCACCGCUUUAGCACCGCUUUUCUCCAAUAUAACAUCAAGAUUGUGGUAUUAUCUGUGAAUCCUCAAAAUGGAUCAAUCAGUAACUUUCCACCAGAUGUUUUCAAAUUUGAUAUCAGAGUUAAAGGCUUCUGAAAAAGUUUUGGAGGUUAGCAGUAAUUUUGGCCCACAGAAGAGUCUUCAGAGUAUGUUCUCCUAUCUGUGGGAUCUGGAAGUGGCUCAGCAGUGCCUCAGUCCCACACUCAUUGCUGCAGGGAAGUCUGAUGCAGAGUCUGAUAGGCUUCGUGCAGAGGGUAAUAAAUGCUACCAGAAGAAAAUGCUUGAUAAAGCUCUAAAACUUUAUAACUUGAGCAUAAUGUCAGCUACACAUCCUGCAUUGCCUGUUGCAGAAUACCAUGAAGGACAGCCAAAUGAUUGCUGUGUAAACGAUAAUGAAAAGUUUGGCAAAGAAUCUAAUCAAAGUGAUCUGGAGGAAUAUAGAUCUUUAUCACUUGGAUUUGCUAAUCGCUCAGCUGUGUUACUUGAACUAGAGCAAUAUGAUAAAUGUGUAUGUGAUAUUGAUGCUGCCCUGAGAUAUGGAUAUCCAAAAUUAUUGCAUAGUAAGUUAGCAGAAAGGAAAGCUAAGUGCUUUAUUGCACAAAAGAGAGCAUCAGAGGCUAAAGAUGUCCUGGAAAGUGCAUUGAGGGACCUUGCUGAAUUAUCAUUGGAUGAAUCUAAAAGUAAGAAUUCUAGAGAAGCAUUACUGCUCUUAGUAAAACAAUGUGAGUCAAAUGAAAGUUACACACACAGUGGAGCAGAAACAUUUCAAAAUGAUCUUCAAGUAGAUUUAUCUGCAGCAUCCAAAGAGAAGUUAUUAUUUUCCUACCAAACACCAAAAGCUCCCAAGCUUGUAGAUCAAAAACCAACUAUACCAGCACUAAGUUCUUCAGUCAGGCUGGCUUACACACCUUCCCAAGGACGUUAUCUGGUAGCAGAGAGAGACAUUCAUCCAGGUGAUGUUCUUGUUGCCGAGGCAGGAUACUGUAGUAUUCUGCACCUGGACUCCUCACUACGUACACAUUGCUCUAAUUGCUUGUCUAGAUGCCUUACGCCUGUCCCAUGUCCAUCAUGCACAAGAGUAGUUUUCUGCAGCAGCUCUUGUUGCAUCCAAGGACUCUCAUCUUUCCAUAGGCAGGAAUGCAAUAUACUUCCAACUUUAGCUCACUUAGACAUGGGUAAGAAUUCUGUUUUAGCUUACAGAAUUUUAACACAGACCACACACAAGAAACUGAAAGCUUUGAUACCAGAGCUUCUUGAGGAAUCAAAACAUCAAGCCCCAGAGUCUCUGGGCUUUAAUACUCAAGGGAUAUAUAGCUCCUCUGACUACAAGACAAUAUACCACCUUGUCCACAAUAAGGAGCAGCGCUCAGUGAGUGACCUGUUCAAACGAUGUGCAAUGGCUCUGACCCUGACAAGGCUCAUGAUAGAAAGUAAGAACCACUUUGUAGAUGAAGAUGGAAAGCCUAUCAUGCCCACCCAGGAGGAUAUUCUUCUGACAGGAUCUACUCUCUUCAUCCACAUGAUGAAUCUGCCUUGCAAUGCCCAUUCUGUCACUGAACUUGAGGUAAAUGUGAGCAGGUUCCAGGAAAGUACAACACAGGAAAUUGGGUCGGGAGCAUUCGGUGUGCUGAGUUUGACAAAUCAUUCAUGCAAUCCUGCAGCUGCACGUUCAAGUUAUGGAAAUGUGGUAGUGCUUAGGGCAAUAAGAUUCAUUCCGCAAGGAGCAGAAGUGACAGACAGUUAUGGGGAACACUAUGGCAUCAGGCCUUGUCAGGCAAGAAGAGCAGAAUUGUUGCAACAAUACUGUUUUACCUGUACAUGUGAAGCUUGUGUAAAUAGUUGGCCAACUUACCCGUCUCUGUCACAAAGUCUCACUCUACGAUGCCUAAAAUGCUCAGUGCCCCUAAGUCUCAGCAAGGGUGUAUGCAAAAGAUGCAAUACCAAUUAUUCCAAGAAAGAAAGCAGUGAUAGUAAUGGGAAUAUGUUGAUGUAUGAUUACAAGGAGAUUGAUGAGCAGACCAAAAUUGCUGCUAGUGAGUGUCAGAAAGCAUAUGAUAGCAUUAUUGAAGGGCUCAAUUCUGAAGAAAACAUGACAACUCUGAUUCACUUUAUAGAGCAUGUUGACAAGUAUGUUCAACAUCCAUGCAAGUUAUACUUUGAAGCACAAGAAACACUGAAGCACUGUUUUGACAGACAAGGCAACUGUGUUUACAGGAAGGAGGAGAGUGAUGGGACAGACAUCUUUAAGAAGAAAAGGAAAUAAAGAGCCUGAUACAAGUUAAAGGAUAUCUAGGGCCUCAAAAUUUAGGGCAUCAGCUAGUGUGAGUUGUGGAAGAAAAGGUGCUUAUAUGAAUUUUUAGGUUGUUUUAAUUUGGUGCUAUUAAACAAAGUUGUUUUUGAUGAUGGAGAUACUCACCAUAUGUAUCUGUAAUUUAUUGUUUAGCAAUUUUGUUGUUUAGCCAAUACAUCAGAAGCUUACUAAGUGUUUCCAGCACUGAGUUUUUUGUGGAAAUUUAUUUUUUGUCUGAAAAAAAUCUACUGUGAUAUAAACUAAACACAAAUUGUAUAGCAGCCGUUGUUCACAAUUGGUGAAGUAUCAGUAAAGAAUAUUAAUGUCUAUUUAAUUUCUUAUUAGCACUUUACCAUAAUGUAUUUGGUGCAUAGCAGACAGGGUCCUACAUUUCUUUGGUAAAUAAAAAUGGUUAGGUAAUUAUAUGUUGAACUAUAGCACUGAAGUACAUAGACAAAUCCAUUGAAAUGUCAGGAAAAGAAAUAUAGAUAGAUGGAUUUUUAUAACUUUUUUGUGUUUUCUGUAUAUUUUUAAAUUUUCUUAUCAACCAUUAGCACUGGGUACAUGUAGUGGCACCAUUGCUUUGUUUUGAGAAUUUUGUUUACACAUAGAUGGCUUUACAAGCACUUACUCUCCAAGUAGUCAGUUAGUAGGUCUUUCUGACUUCACCUGAGUACCUGUACCUGGAAUUUUUUAGAAAAGUUUGUUUGUUUGUUUUUUGCAAUACACAUUACUAACUGUUGCUGUUAUUGUUAUUAUUAUUACUAUUAUUAUUGUUGUUGUUGACAGUAUGAUUAUUCUGUUAACAAUACUAAUUGCAGUAAAAGUUAAAAAUGAGUCUUUCCAAAGUCAAGGAAAAAGGUAAACCAGUUAGAUCUUGAAUGACCAAUAACUCACUGCUUGGUUACUGAGCACUUAUGUAAACAAAAAUAAGAAACUGAAAUCACAGUAGAUAUGGCAUGUAUGUACAUGCACUCUCAGCAUCAACAGGUUAAAUAGUUAACAGGUUAAAUGCAGUCACUGACUUCAGACAAUCAGAGAUGGUAAUUACACUUCUCAGGAAUUUAUUUAUUAUAUACUUGGAAAUAUAAAUAAAAUGUAGGCCUGUCUAUAGCCAUCAUAUUUAAGCUGUUAUUAUAUUGCAUUAUUUAUUUAUUUAUGUAUUGUAAGUUUUCAUCAUAUUUUAAAGAAAUUUUAUUUCAUGAAAAUUGUGUCCCAAAGUUAGAAGAGUAACUUAACACCAUCAGACUAUCAUCAAAUCACAUUCAAGAGUAUAUUAGUACUUAUGGGAAUGUUUUAUAAUUCUUUUGGUCAAGUAGAAAUGCCAAGAGCCAAAGUUUACUUCUUAAGGUGGUGAUGUAAGGUAGGCUUCUGCAGCAUUUAUAUGCAUUUUCUUAUGGUUUAUUAGUAUAUCUUAUUUUUCACAUAUAACAUAACUACCCUUAAACAAAAUCUUCCCCCCAAAAACAGUAAUGUUCAUUUUUCCAUAAUAUCCCACUCAUCUCUGUUAUUUUCAACCCAAGUAACACCAAUGAAGUAAUCUAAUUAUAUGUUCAAGAAACAAACUCUUGCCCAGGAUUGCAGGAGACACUACUUUGGUUGUAUUAUAUGAUGUGUCCACUUUGUAGUAGCAAAUGUAAAAGGUAUAAUCUGUACAAAUUUAAGCUUAUUACCAUAUAUUGUGAAAUGUGACCUUGAUAGUUUGACAAGUGCAUGUUUGUACUACUUUUUCCAAAAGUACAACUUAAAGCAAACAUCUUUCUGGUUUAGUAAGUUUCAUAUAGUCAUUUGUAAGACAAUGAAAGCCUCAGUACUUUAUGAUGAUGAUAGGAUUGGAUGUCUAUUGAUGAAUCAUGCAUUUGCAUAUUUUUUAUGAUAAUAUGCUUUUGUUACUAAUGGUGCUAAUAAAUUUGUAACAUUUUC